CUCUGGGCGUGUUUAUUCCUGUUAACGGGUCCAGAGAGGCCACCAGUAUUACAUAACUCUACUGGAGCCAGGUUUUUUUUUUUCUUUUUCUUCGACAUCUGCCUUCCUGUCUUAGCACACUCUGCACAGAACAAACUGCAAGAACAAGCUCAAUUUUCAUCUUAGCCGGGCCAUUCUUACAAUUUUCUUCACCAUGAUUUUCCAAGCUCUUUUUGAUUGCAUGGACUUUACCGGCUGGCUUCUGCUAGGGUUUGUAUUCCUGCUGAUAUUUGAUGUUGUGAAAAACUGGAGGCCUCCCAACUUUCCACCGGGACCCUGGGCUGCACCUUUUGUAGGAAACAUCUUAACGCCGUUGGACUUCAAAACAAUGGAGAAGCUUUCAAAGGAGUACGGUCCUGUGUUCAGCGUGAGAAAAGGCAGUGCGAGGCUGGUGUUUGUCUCUGGACUCAAGAUGGUCAAAGAGGCUCUUGUCAGCCAGCUGGACAGCUUCGUCGAUCGGCCAAUUGUUCCCCUUUUUCACGUUACCUUCAAGGGCCUUGGUAUAGCUCUGAGUAACGGGUACUUGUGGAAGAAACAGAGGAAGUUCGCCAACGCUCACCUUCGCUACUUUGGAGAGGGACAGAAAUCUUUAGAAAAAUACAUAGAAGUGGAGUCCAGCUUUCUUUGCGAAGCCUUCAACGAUGAGCAAGGAAAGCCAUUUAACCCCCACUACAUCCUAACAAACGCAGUGAGUAACAUAAUCUCAUCUGUGGUCUUUGGACAUCGAUUUGAGUACUCGGACCCAAGCUUUCGGGAAGUCCUGGAGCUGGACAACGAAGCCGUUAUUCUUUCUGGUUCCCUGCGGACUCAGUUGUUUGACGCCUUCCCUGGACUGAUGCAGCACCUGCCAGGGCCUCACCAGACCGUGCAUACCAACUACAGGAAGAUCCUGGUCUUUUUGAAAAAAGAGAUAGAGAAGCACAGAGAGGAGUGGAAUCCAGAUGAUCCUCGGGAUUAUGUCGACGUCUACCUGUCAGAGAUGGAGAAGAAAAAAGAGGAUCCCCAGGCUGGCUUCAACACUGAAACGCUGCUGGUUAGCACUCUUGACCUCAUCGAGGCUGGAACAGAAACCACUGCCACCACAUUGCGCUGGGCCCUUCUGUUCAUGUUGCACUACCCAGAGAUACAGGAGAAGGUCCAAGCAGAGAUAGACAGAGUGAUCGGGCAGUCUCGUCAGCCCACCGUGGCCGACAGGCCGAACUUGCCCUACACCGACGCCGUCAUCCACGAGGUCCAGCGGAUGGGAAACAUCGUUCCCAUGGGAUUUCCUAAAAUGGCGAGUAAAGACACAACACUGGGAGGAUACUUCAUUCCUAAGGGAACAUAUAUGACGACAAUCCUGGCAUCUGUGCUGUUUGAUAAGAACGAGUGGGCGACUCCAGAUGUCUUCAAUCCCGAGCACUUCUUGGAUUCAGAGGGAAAGUUUGUCAAGAGAGAUGCUUUCUUGCCAUUUUCAGCAGGUAAACGCAUGUGUUUGGGGGAACACCUGGCCAAAAUGGAGCUCUUCGUCUUCUUCUCAGUUUUGCUGCAGCGCUUCACCUUUUCCCCGGUUCCAGGAGAAAUGCCUAAGCUGGAGGGCGUGAUGGGCUUCACUUAUUCCCCCGAGGAGUUCAGAUUCCUGGCUGUGCCACGCUAACAUGGGUUUCGCAUACUUCUCAUUGGGACAACAGCGCUGUAUUAAAAAUGUUUUCAUUGGUCUGAUGAUGUAUUCUAAUCAUAAUUGUCUGAUGAUGUAUUCUAAUCAUAAUUGUCUGAUGAUGUAUUCUAAUCAUAAUUGUCUGAUGAUUAAUAUGAUAAUCAUCAGAUAAAUGUUUUUUUAUUGGCUGUAAGCCAAUAAAAAAAACUGAAAUUACUGAAAAACUGAAAUUACUGAAAUUAUAAGGUUUUCCUUAUAAUUUCAGUCAAAUUCAGUCAAAUUACUGAAUUUGACUAAAUAUGAUAACAUUUGGUAGUUUAAAGUGUUAAUAGAAAAACCACAAAAAUACGUGGAUCAAAACUCUACUUUGCUAUUUUAACCUUAGUAACAUGUGAUUUCUUUAUCUGUGUGGAGCCAGAGAGUUUUACGAUGCAUCGCCCUGAUACAUCACCAAUCUGUGUUAGUCUGUGAUAAAUAUAUUCUUGUAAAUGAAACACAUGUCUUAGUCAUGCUGCACAAGCAGAUCUGUGAAGUUGGUUCUGUAUCUUUAAAUGUCUCAGAUUUGCUGCCGCAUGAGAGCAAUGUUCAGCUGUCUGCAAAGCAAUUUAAUCACGAUACGCGUUUUGUGUUCUGGAGCAACGUAAGCACAAUCUGUUGAUCACUCUAAUAGUAAUUUGGUGAAUGUAAAAAAAUAAAAAGUAAACUAUUGAGAGAGAGGAUGGUUGAAGUAUUUAGAUUGUAAUUUGUGUGCGAUGUUUUAUGUUCAUCUCAUUUCAAGACGAUUUCAUAACAGCUUAACAUCGAACCAAAGAGAGAAGGGAAAAUGUUGCAUCAUGGCAAAAGAUAAACUUUUCAUUCUUGGAAUGUAAUAAAGUGUUUAUAAUAUGAA